AUGCCAAACCCCAAGUUUGCCUACGAAGCAAAGGAGCCUGCAUUUCUCCAAAGAUUACGGGGCCAGUAUGGCAGCGGAGAUACAUCUGGCCGCCUAGAACGACCUGCGGCACGACCUCGAAAACUCAAAGAUCCCAAGGACGAGGAAGAUGACGCUCCUGUAUAUAUUGACGAGGAGAGCAAUGAGGUUAUCACAAAAGAAGAAUACAAGGUGCUAGCACAGGGCGACGCUGCGAAAGAGGACCAGGCAUCCAUCGACGAUCUACCAAAAUCCGCGGAAGGGGAGACAAAAGAAGCAGAAACGACAGCCAAACAGAGCAACCUCACAGAAGUUGGUGGCCAGAGAAAGCGAAAACAAGCUAAAGUGGUGGGAGAGGAGAAUAAAGAGGAGCCCGAGGAAACGCCCAAGGUGGUAGAGAAGCCUCGCAAGUCUAAGAAAGCAAAGAAAAUCAAGCUCUCUUUUGAUGAGGAGUAG